AUGUCCAUCGAUAUUGAUCAUCAGAGCCCUUCCGACGUCUUGAAACUGAAGACACCGGCUGUCACUGUAGCUGGAUCAGACAUCUCCUUCGACGACACAAUGUCAACCAAAUCCUCCCGUUCCAGUGUGCCCAGCGAGAUGACGGGCCCUCCCGCCACAGAUGACAGAAUGGAAGACUGUGAAGAGGCCAAAGUCUCCGAGACUUCGAACAGAAUCCUCGAUGUCAUUCUUGAAUAUUCUCUUCACAAGUUCGACAGCACCGAGGAACUGCAUAGCGCCGGCAGGCCGAAGUUCCUAGCUGUUGUCUCACGCUUUGUCAGAUCACAGCAAAAGGUAGUGAUGUGUCUGCCAGCAUUCCCAUUCAAGUCAGCAAACAAGGUCGAAAAGGUGCUGGGCAACCUCCCAGAUAAGGCUGAAGAGUUAGCACUUGCAAGACUGAACUCCAUAUGUGUCACAAUUGGCCAGUUCUAUGAGCCAGGGGCCGAACUGACUAUCAUCUCGGACGGUCUGGUUUACAAUGACUUGCUGGGCAUUUCCGAUCAGGAGACCUGGCGCUAUGGAUCGGCGCUGCGAGCCAUGGCCGAUCGCAAGGGCUUCUCUCAUCUCUCAUUCUCCCGUCUACAGGAUUUGGUCGCAGUGAAGGGUCUACCCAAUGAACUUAAUGAGCUCACGUACGUUGCCAACGCAACUAACUUCCGUCGGACCCUAUUUAACAAGUAUGGCCGUGACGGCGAUCUUGACAUUGACCACGAAAUCGCCGUAAAUCCGGACACGCUCGGGACAUACAAGGGGUACUGCCGAUUCCUCAAGUCGGAUCUGCAGCACAUUUUCGGUCCAGCCAAGAGCAGUGCAAAGUACAGGAAGGAUGUCAAGUAUCUGGCUAAGCAGAUGCUGAUCCGUGGAUAUUCUUUUGCGGGAGCAGUCAAAGCACGCUUCCCAAACCACUUGCGUCUCAGCAUCCAUCAGUCAACUGGCGAGAACAAAAUUUCUCUCAGCUUACUCAACACCAAGAGCGGUUUCACGACGCCAUGGCAUUGCAGCGUUGUGUUGAUGGCAGAUGGUGAAUGGCUUAGCGGCCUGAUGGUCGAUUUCAAAGCCGAUCGGCUUCUGGAGCUCGUCGAAGAGGACGGUCGACCCAGCUACUUCAGGGAGGUCCUGCGUCAGAGACCAUACCUGACGGAGAACGCGAAGCCGCGCAUAGUUAUUCAACAGGAACCACAGGCCCAUAGGCCAAGGAUACGCACAGCUUAG